AUGUUUAGAUCGGCCUCGCGAUCUGUACUUCGAGCUUCCUCCUCAGCUCCCACUCCCCGACACAUUCGCCUUGCCCAAGCAAGACGAUAUAUAAGCAGUGACUCUCCGGCCCCGUCGCGCAAGCCCAGGAGCUGGAAAGGCACAGUGUUGAGAUGGGCUCUUGCUGCAGGCGCGGUAUAUUAUUAUAACACAAGCUCUGUGUUCGCGGAGGAACCCAGCUUCUCCUUGCGACACACCUCCUCCGCACCAAAGGAGAAUGAAGAUGACUCCUCCCUCCCAACCCUCGAGUCCAUAACCGCCGCGAAGAAGGCCAAAGCCAGAUCGAAAAAAUCCACCGCACCGCCCGCAGACCGAAGCACUGCUACCCCUUCUUCCCCUUUCUCUUCCUCCUCCAGUUCUUCCUCCCCAGCAGAAUAUUCCGAUCUCUCCGCCGCUGCAGAUAUAGAAGCCUCGCCCUCACAAUCUACGCCCACGCUUUUAACGCCCGGGGAACUGGAGGAGGAAGCCAGCAGCGAAGGCGCCUUCAAUCCCGAGACGGGAGAGAUCAAUUGGGACUGCCCAUGUCUAGGCGGCAUGGCGCAUGGGCCGUGCGGAGAAGAGUUUAGAGCCGCGUUCAGCUGCUUCGUGUACUCGACGGAGGAACCGAAGGGGAUGGAUUGUAUUGAGAAAUUCGAGGGCAUGCAAAACUGUUUCCGCCAGCAUCCAGAGCUCUACCCCACCGAAACAGACGAGGAAGAGGUCGACGCCCAGCUAGCAGAGGAAUCAGCUCCUUCUGGCUCGGAGCCGUCAAGGGAAGCAUCAAAAUCCACGCCACCACCGCCAGCAGCAAAAGAGGAAGCAAAGCCCGCCGCCACGACUACCACGACUACCACCACCACCCCUUCCGCACCCUCAGGAGAAAAGGCCAAAGUAGCUAAAAAGCCGACAACCCCAACCUCAUCAUAA